CCUUAUUAGCCUAGCCUAGCCUAGCCUGAGAGCACUCGGGGAGAGAUCACUCUCCGGCGUGGGCUGCAGCUGUUGAAGCAGAGCAACUUCCCUGAAGCCUGCGGGGCAAAACACAACCGAGACGUCUCGCUACACAGCGGGAAAGACAGGAACCUUUAACAAUGACAACAAAAAAGCCGCAGAGCAUGCUCCGGGAAGCUUCUCAUCAGAUUAUAGCCGGUGGAUCCGCAGGUCUGGUAGAGAUCUGCUUGAUGCAUCCCCUUGAUGUAGUGAAGACCAGGUUCCAGAUCCAAAGGGGAACCAGUGACCCAAACAGCUACAAGAACCUGAGUGAUUGCUUCCGGACCAUCAUACGCAAUGAAGGAGUCUUUGGCUUCUACAAAGGGAUCCUGCCUCCGAUUCUGGCAGAGACACCAAAGAGAGCGGUCAAGUUUUUCACAUUUGAACAAUACAAGAAGUUGCUGAAUUUGACCCCUUUGUCUCCUGGUUUGGCACUGUCUGUAGCAGGGCUCGGUGCAGGCUUGACUGAGGCUGUUGUCGUCAAUCCGUUCGAAGUGGUGAAAGUCAGUCUCCAGGCCAACAGAGACUCAUUUACAGAGCAACCCUCUUCAUUCGCUCAAGCAAGGCGCAUAAUUAAGUCCGAGGGAUUCGGAUUCAGGGGCCUGAAUAAAGGACUAACAUCGACACUGGGACGCCAUGGCGUUUUCAACAUGAUCUACUUUGGCUUCUACUUCAAUGUCAAGGAUGCUAUUCCUACCAGCCCGGACCCUACCCUGGAGUUCAUGAGGAAGUUUGCUAUCGGCCUCGUGUCUGGGACCAUCUCCUCCUGCGUCAACAUUCCCUUCGACGUAGCCAAGAGCCGCAUCCAAGGCCCCCAGCCUGUGCCCGGAGAGAUCAAGUACCGCACCUGCUUCCAGUCCAUGGCACUGGUGUACCGGGAGGAGGGGUACUUGGCACUGUACAAGGGGUUGGUGCCCAAGAUAAUGAGGCUUGGACCAGGUGGAGCAGUGAUGCUGCUGGUCUAUGAAUAUGUGUCUGGAUGGCUACAGAGGAACUGGUAACAAAACAAUUCACAGAAAAGAAACCCAAGAGAGUGCCUUAUAGAUUCUGCUUCAUUGCCCAAUAUCGUUAACUGACUCCAGUAACGUCAGACCAAAUUAGUUUGUUCGUUUGUUUGUUUUCCUUUUUGACCUUGAAUCACAAUACUGUUCUGCAAAAUACCAAAUCAGAAUUACAAUAUAUCUUACAAUGCAGCCUAAAUAAGGAAAAACUACAUCUUCACCCAAGUUACUUUCUCAGGAAUUCAAAACAGCUGUAAUGUUUGAAAACUAACAAAUCAUUUUCUAAUAGAAAACAGGUUUUUAACAGUGGGUUUCUCAGUAGGCUCUAAAGGCCCUGAAAACCUAUUUUCUCUAUCAGCUUCUUACUAUGAGUAAUGGGGUCUUACAUGAACACAAUAUUUUUUGCCAAAUUUAGAACAGUUUGGGUUAUUUCACAUGAGAGAUUAAUGCAAUUUGUGCUUUUUUUCUGUGCUCCGCUCACUGGUUAGAAAUGGGCGGUGCUCAGUUGGAAACGGUUGUGGGGGUAUUUGCUUAUUUUGCCAGUACUGUCAAUCAAAUCUGAGCAAACCACACCCACACAGUCCUGAUGAAGCAAAUGAUGUGACUUUUUAAGAUAAACUCGUAAAGAAAAAUAACUUCUUUGUUUUUUUCCAUGAAGUUGCUUAUUUAGUCACAAAGACGUGAUAUUAUAGUGCUAAAUAUUUGAAAAAUGUCAGUGGCUUUAACGUUAAGUUUUAAAUGAAAUAAAACACCAAGAAUGGAGUGAAGGCAUGUUUUUAAAAGGACUUAAACAAGUUUAAACCUCAGCUCUAGACCCACUGAAAGCACUCAAACACAGAUCAUCAUUAUAUAGCUGCACAGAACGUUAUGGUGUACGAUUAGUGCGAACAUACUUUCAGAUGAUAUAAUAAUAAUAAUAUAAUAAUAAUAAGAUAAAAAUCACAAAGUGCUUCACAAUAAAAUGUAAUACAAUACAACAAAUUAAAAUACAAGAACAUUUAAAUAAUAAUAUAAUAGCCAUAUAAACUGCUUGUUACGAUGCAGCUUUUGAGGUCCACUGCAGUGCACGCACAGCCACUACAGCAGAGGAGUGUCGAUACACACACAUACAUACUGUUGUGUAUGUACACAUCUUCAUUUACAACAUGUAUACGUGAUCGCAAAUAUAUUCUGCGAUCACACCCGUAGUACUGACCCUUAUUGUAUGUCUCAAACAAGCAGUAGCAAUAGUAAUAGUAGUAAGAAUUUCUUACGCCUAUUGCAGAUCAUUUUUAAUUAUUAUCUUUCUUUUUUUUUAUAUAUAUAUACCUCCUUUUAAAUUGGACUCGUAUGAAAUCUUUUAUUGGUAAGAAAUUGUGGUUAUUUGACAUUUAUCUCAAUGUAGAAUAUUAGCACCUGUGAAAUGUUACGGACAUGUAUUGGUAACAAAUAAAAAAAAGUAUCAAAUUAAA